AUGUCUGAGGAUGAAGGGGGUUUUUAUAUUCUUUUUAGUAAAUACACCACUCUGCUUGAAGACAGUGAAAAGAGACUACGUCUGUUCCCAUCCAUGAAACCUUCUGGGAGGUUAGAGGUCAUACAGCUGAUGGAGGCAAUGGACAGCAUGUUGGAAAAAGCUGGAGUAGAUGAACUGAUUGGAGUAACAGGACCUUUAGAGCUGCACAACAUGCUGGAGCUGAUGAAGGCGGAGCAGAACAUCUACAACAUAGUUUUCCAUGAGCUGAUUCGGCAGGUCAGCGUAGACUGCAAGGAGAGAGGACAGCUGCUUUCUAAACUCAGACAGAGGUAUGUGGAUCUCCUGGAGCGUAUUCCUCAGCAGAUAAAGACACUCUACAAAAAAAUGAUGGCUCAGCGACUGGUUGACAGACAUAUCACAGAAGAACUACUCUAUUUUAAGGAGUGUGUUGCACAGCUGGCCAGCGAACUAUAUGAGGUACGAGAACAUGACUGCAAGGUGACCAAGGAAGCAGAAAAAGCUCAAAAGGAGCUAGCUGCAGCCAUGCGAGAGGCAGAGGCAAAUGCAAACCUUUUGGAACAGUAUCGAGAAUUAUACGAGCUACAGAGGAGAAGGCUGGAAGACCAGGUUCUGAUGGUAGCUCAAGAGAGAGACAUCUGGAGCUCGGCUGCACGUGACCUGGCUCUGAUGAUAAUAGAAAGAAACCAGCUCACAUUGGUUCGCAGGCUUCAUAUAAGUGGGAAGGCUCUGACCAAAGUUCUCAAGCAUUUCAUAGUCCUUCUGGCCUCAAAGGAUCUGAGAGACCUUGCUGAUCUACAGGAGGAGACCGAGCAGUUCAAAGGAAUAUUAGGUCAUGUUGGAGCAGAGAUAGAGCAUUUGGAGGAGUCCAGCAAGGAAAAACUGCAAAUUGUGCACAGAAACCUCAACAAGUGGCUUCAGUACCAACACAGUAACUUUUCCUUUCAGAUGAAAGAAGAGCUAUUGGAUGAGAUCUUAGAAGAUACGAAGCUCUUAAUAAAUAUGCUGAAGGAAGACAUACAGCUGUAUGCAGGGGAGACAUAUCUAGCCAAGACUGAAAGUCUCAGGAGUGCUGCCAGCAUACAGGAACACUGGACAGAGCUAGGAGAAACGGUGCUGAGUCGACACCGGUACUUAACUGGAGCAUUGCCUCCACAGCUCACUGCCCUGGAAGAAAUAAACCAAAGUGCAUGUGAACUCUAUCAGCAAUAUAAUAUAAGGAUAAGUGGGAAUAAUGGCACAGCCAGAUUUUUGACAGUCUUGGUGAGAAGCAUGGAAGAUUGGUUGUUCAAGGUGCAAAAGCAAACGCGAGGUUCUGGCAUGCAUGAAACUGAACUGCAGGCAUUUUAUCACAUGAUUCCUUUGUGGUUGGCUCAAGUGGAUGCAUUAAUGAGCAUUAUAGGCUCCAGCCAGUUGCAUAAAACUGAAAAUGUUAUGAAACUGCAAUUCCCGGUGGUACCUAGAGAAUUUUUUAAGAGGAUUCAGCAAUGGAUUUUGUCCGUGAAUACUGAGGUUGAGAAGAGCACCACACAUCUUAAUGAAGAAGUGACUGAACUGCACAGAAACCUGACCCUGUGGCUGGUGAAUUUGCUGCAAUAUGUGAUAGCGGAUCGCUUGUGCUGUGAGUGUCCCCAGCAGCAAGAGUCAGACUUUGAGCUUGGCAAGGACCUCAGUCUUCACAGUGCUCAGGAACUACAGGAAGAAGCAGAAAAGCUGGUUGCCAAGAUGUGUGGACUGUCUGGUUCUAUAAUCAGCUGCUGCCGUGAGAUUGUCAGCGCAAUUGUUCGGAAGAAACGGUCGGAGAAGGAUGCAGAGGCUGAUUUUGAGCUAGAGGAGCUGAAUAAACUCAAGACUGAGUGCUGUAAUUGGAUUCAAGUGUGUAGCCUUCUCCUUUCAGAGAUCAAAGGCACUCCAGUCUCCUUUCUGCAUUUAGAAGAACUGAGAAACCUCUUUGGAUCAGAGGAAUUGCAGUUGAAACUUAAGGACACUAUCAUUUCCUCAACUCAAGAAGGGCUUAAAGCUGAUGAUGCCAAUAGUGAAAAGAAACCAAUAAUAGAGAAAGAAACAUCAACAGUAAAGGAGAAAAUUCACCUUAUGCAGGAGCAACCAGGUGCUAGUACAGAUGAUAUGAGUGAAGGUGAUGAAGCUACUGCAGAUGUGAUCAGAUAUGUAGGAGAAGACUCCAACAUCCACCUGAAGUCCUUGAAGUCAGACAUCAUUUCAGUUACAGGGGUAGGAAUCUCCACUACACUAAUGUUUUUAGCACAUGUGGCAGAGAUUUAG